CAAACAAACAAGCAGUUUCAUCGCUUAUACAAACAAAAGGAACAGUAUAACAAAAAACACUUUGAACCUAAGGUUAGGGUUAUAAUUUAGGAGGAUCCUGGCAAAAAGAGUUGAUUGACGCGUCCACGCGACUUCGGACGCGUUCUUGUUUUUCUCAAUACUCACUCCACUAUCCAACUUUCUCAAAAAAAUGACUGACGUUGAGGGCUCGCCAGCCCCACGACGCUCUCAGCGCGAUAAAAAACAAGUGAAACCCUAUGCUUCAGGGAGCCAAAGUCCGAACAAGCGCAAGCGCAAUGCGGAGGAGGACGACCAGGUAGAUGCACAAGAAAUGGGUGAUACUGAGGUUGAAGCGGACGAUGAGGAUGAUGCCGACGGAGUUGACGACGACGGUGAUGAUGAACCGGACACCCGCCCAGCCAAACGAAAGGGAAAGGCCACUAAAACCCCUAAACCAACCAAACGUAAAGCUAAAGCCAACGGAGACUUUGAUGCAGACAAGCUGGCGACCGAGACCAAGAUUUCUGCAGAUAAUCCUCUUUUCAACGCUAUCAUGAACCCGUCCGCGGCGCUGCAGUCCACCGCAGAGGACUUUUUGGAUUCAUUAGCCCAGAGUCCGGGUGCCGCUCAGGCAGAACUUAUCAACUGUAUUCUACGCGCAUGUGGGUGCAAUGACUCAGUGGAUGCAGACGAAGUUCUAGACUAUGACGGUGUUGUCGACUCGCUUGAUAACUUUACUGAGGGACUGAAACAGGAAAAUUCGCCAAUAUACCCCCCUGACAUCCAACUGAUCUCACGCCUGGUUCUGAGCGCGGCCGACGUUGGAGCACUGUACACGAGUGAUAUGGUAACGACACUGCAAACUUGGGUCGUUGCGAUGAGCAGUUCACAGAUUCGAGCGUUCCGGCACACAGCAACAGCAGUUGCACUGGAGGUGGAGACCGCCCUGUGUCAAGUAGCAGCAGCAGUUGAGAAAGAGGCGGAGAUUGAACGUCGUGCUGCCCUCGCAGAGUAUCUGAAGGAGAUCGUGGAUGGUGUCUUCGUGCACAGGUACCGCGAUCUUGACCCGCACAUUCGCGCUGAGUGUGUGCGUGCAAUGGACAGUGCCACGCCCGUCCGCCUCGAAGCCGUACGUGCUUUAUCAGCAGUCUAUGGACAGGCCGAGUACAUCGGUGGCCUCAUGAAUUUCACCGCCCGCUUUAAGCCUCGCCUUCUUGAGAUGGCAGCGCGUGAUACAGAGCUCGCUGUGCGCACCGCUGUACUUGGUGUCCUGGGUGUAGUCGACCAGCAUGGCUUGCUGGAGGACGAAGAACGGGAACAGAUGUGCCAGCUCGUGUUUGAUAGCGAGGUGCGCGUGAGGAAGGCGGUGGCAGGAUUCGUUGGGGGUCUCUGGAAUGAACUUGUCGAGGAACGGCUGGCGGGGCGCAAGGCGCUGGCGAUGUUACUUGUGCGUUGGGAUCGCGAGCGUGUGGAGGAAGAGGACGGCAGCCAGGACGGUUCGCAGAGAGGAGUGACUAUGAGUGCAGACAUUAAGGGGCGUACGGCGCUUGCUGUGGAGGCUCUGUGGGAUGACGUAGAUUCUGCGAGUGGAUGGGAGGGGCUUCUUGAGAUGCUACUGCUCGACCACUCUGCCGGAGGAGGCGAGGAGGAUUUGGAUGCCGCGGAUGACUCCAUCGCUGCUUCUGCGAAAAACACCGUAGACGAGGCGUGGCGUCUGACUGAGACAGAGGAAAGUGUGCUGCUUGAAGUGUUCAUCGCGUCGCUCCGAAGAGCAAGAGCUCUCGCUGGCACUACGAAAAAGGGCGAGGACGAGACGCUGAUCUCAGAUCUCACUCGUGCACUGAUUAAGGGGUCUACCGAGACGGACGCCAACCGGAUUGCGAAUGUGUUGCUAAUCCCACCCCUGAUGAACGUAGAACUUAACACCAACAGCACAAAGAUUCUGGAACUCGAGGACGAGCUUGCAGCGCAGCUUCGUGACGCUGUUGGCGGACGCGAGGAGAUCGAGGUAGCUGGAUUUAACGAGGACGAGGUGUGUGCACUAAUAGGGACAAGAGAUAUGUGUGGAUGGAUGGAAGAGAGUGAGGGCGGGAAGCAGAGUUGUGUGUGGGAUAUUGUAGCUGCACUCGUAGAGCGGGGACGGUUGGGGUACAGGGAAGAAGAGAGGAUGAUCGAGCAGGGACUGCAGGUCCUCGGACUACAUAUUAUGUGGAAGACACGGAGCUUGCCCGACGCUAAGGAGGCGACACCCGAAGAUGAGAAAUAUAUGGAAAAUUUGCGUGAGCAACGGGACUCCCUGCUCGAGAAGUUGGUAGAAUACGCAGUCGGUACGCAGUCGAAUACUGCCGAAGCUGUCAAACGCACAGCCUUCCAGAAUCUUAUGACAUUGCACAUCCUCUUCUGUGCGGAACAGACGACGACGCCGGAUGGACGUGUGCUACCGACUGCUGCAUUGCCCCUUGAUCUUGAUGACGAGUACACCGCGAUCGAGCAGUACGCUGAGCUGCUGGAAGAGGGACAGGCACCCGGGGAGGAAGAGGCAAGUGAGAGCGGAGAGAGCUCAGGCGAGGAGAAUGUGCCUGUGAAGGGCAUGAAGGGCAAAACCAAAGCUAAGUCGCCUGUCAUCAAAGAGCAACCACUGACGCGCACUCGUCUUGAGCAAGAGUACGUGUUCAUGGGAACGAUUUCUACGUUCCUGAGGGCCAUUCGCGCAGGCGCUGUGCAUGUGAGACAUAGCGCUGUGCUGCUUGCCCAUUAUGGACGGCUUGGACCUGCGUUUGAUCUUUGCACGAAGGUAAUCAUCGAUUCUCUGCGCGAAGAGGGGAUGUACCGGGAGAAUGGCGAUGCUGUGGUUGAUGUUGUCACUCAGGCACUGAAGGAAUCAUUCACACUUAUCCUUGACUCUGUUGUUCGCGGGGAAGACCAUGUGGUUGCUCUCGCCAAGCAGCUUGGGCAGAGCUUUGUGAUCCGGGGUGCACAGCUCUCGAUUGUCAAGAAGCUUGACAGCCAAUACAUUGUGCAAACACAUACGAACCUCCUCACAUGGAUUGUGAAGCGCAUUGGCACAUACGAGGCUGCUAAGAAUAAAAAGGCGCGCAAGACGGCUAUCUUGUUCUUCAGAGUCUUGCAGCCUCUUCUGACAGCUGUCGAUAGCCGAGACGCCUUAAAGAUAAUGCGAGCGUACGAGAAGAAGUUGUCUUCAAUUAUGGCAAAGGAUAAAGGUGGUGCAAAGGGUAGAAAGGCUAAAGGCGCAAAGAGUGCAGCAAUGGUCACCAGUGACGAAUCAGAAAGUGAACCAGAACCUCAACCAGCUGAGGAAGAACCUCCUGCCCCCACAUUACGGCCGAAACCGCGUCCUCUACGCCGCCAGCGGUCUCCUACCUCGUCUUUGUCGGAGCUUGAAACAAGUGACCCAGAGGCUGGGGUCCAGGAACACAUUGAAGAAGCUAAUGAGAAACCCGAAGCUGAGCCGGAGGUCCAGGCCGAGCACGAACAAGAGCAGCCACACCGAGGAACCACACCAUCUGUCCCUUCUGUAUCUAAUGGCAUCACCCCUCCAUCUACGCGAAAACGACAGAGGACAGACGAGGAUGAUGAGGAUGCUGGGGAGAAGAGCGGAGUUGAAGCUAUUGAAGCUAACGGCGACGCCGCUACCCCUGGAGAUGAAGCCCCUCGAGAAGAGAGCCCAUUGACUGAAAUCAUUUUCAGGAGGAAACGUGCUCGUCAUUAGUAUGAGUCAGGAUUUUUCGAGUUUUUAUACUUAUUUGUGACUUGUCGGGCGUGGCUUUAUCUUGCUGUUUACUGCUAUGUUGUAGGUACAUAUCACCGGGAUUGGAGACCAAAGUGUGGCCGAUUACUAUGAGCAACUGGUCACGGCGAUUAUUGAAUCUCAAGCUGAUUUUUUCAAACAUUA